CUUCCCCAAGUUCGUCCGCCCACCGCCCGAACGCGGGGCUGUCUCCAGCGAGCACUGCUGAGAGCGGUCGCGGGGCCUCGCAGUCCCCAGCCCCAGCGACAGCCGCGCCCGCAGGAGCCCCCUGGUCCCAGCGCCCUCGGUGAGUGCCGCAGGCUUCAACCCUGUGCCGUCGGGGCCCGGCCUGGCGCCCACCCGGACGGACCGACGGACGGACAGACGUAGACCCAGGUUCCCACCAUGUCCACUUUGCUGGAGAUCAAGAGCAGCGUGCUCCGGCAGGUGCAAGUGUGCCCAUCCUUCCGCCGCAAGACAGAGCCAGAGCCCGGGAGCACCAGUGCUGACCUGCCAGAACCUGCCACCGGUGCCUGGAAACCUGGGGAUGGCAUGGAGUUCUUUGCCCACAUGCGCCUCAUCCUGAAGAAGGAGGAAGGCAGACAAGGCCUGCCCUGUCCAGAGCCCUGUCUGUAUAACCAUAGAGUUGCAGCGGGGCAGCUACAGGACAAACCCCCCCCCCCCGCAAGACCCUCACCGCAGCACCUCUCACAGGUCCUCUUACGGAGCAGCUCUCCAGCCCCUGCUGAACCUGUGGACUCCAACCGUGGCCUGAGAGCCCUGACCCAGGAGGAAGUGGAGAUGCUCUAUGAGGAGGCCUUGUAUACAGUCCUCCACCGGGCUGGCACCAUGGGCCCCGACCAGGUGGAUGAUGAGGAGAUCCUUCUGGGCUACAUCCAGCAGGUGUUUGGCACCAGCCCUGAGGAACACAUUGAGGCCAUCGAGCGUGUAAAGAAAGCCAAAGCCCCCACUUAUACCCUGAAAGUCUCCGUUAUGCGUGCCAAGAACCUUCUGGCCAAAGACCCCAAUGGCUUCAGCGACCCGUACUGCAUGCUGGGCAUCCUGCCAGGCUCAGGCACCCCUCGGGAGCAGAGUGGGCAAAAAGAAAAGCGCUUCAGUUUCCGCAAGGGCAGCAAGCACAGCAGUCCGCUGCCGGCCAAGUGCAUCCAGGUCACAGAGGUCAAGAGCAGCACCCUGAACCCUGUUUGGAAGGAGCACUUCCUAUUUGAGAUCGAAGAUGUCAGCACAGACCAGCUGCACCUGGACAUCUGGGAUCAUGAUGAUGAUGUGUCCCUGGCAGAAGCAUGCAGGAAGUUGAAUGAGGUCAUCGGCCUCAAGGGGAUGAGCAGGUACUUCAAACAGAUUGUCAAGUCAGCUCGUGCAAAUGGAACACCAGGGCCCACAGAGGACCAUACUGAUGACUUCCUGGGGUGUCUCAAUAUCCCUGUCCGGGAGGUGCCAGUGGCCGGUACUGACCGUUGGUUCAAGCUGGAACCACGCUCUAGCGCCUCACGUGUUCAGGGAGACUGCCACCUAGUCCUCAAGCUUAUCACCACACAGAGGGACACCGUCAUGAGCCAGCGUGGCCGCUCUGGCUUCCUCUCCUACCUGCUCCUCCUGAGCCGAAUAAUGCAGUUUGAGCACCGAGCAGAGGAGUCAAAUUCAAGCAGCUGGCAUGGCGAAUUCAGCGCGCCUGGGUCCACAGUCCUCUGCCUGCAUGGAGCCCAGAGUAACCUGUCACCCUUGCAGCUGGCCGUGCUGCACUGGCAGGUCAGCAGCCGCCACCAUCAGACCUGUACGCUGGACUAUGGCUACCUGCUGGGGCUGCUGGAAGACAUGCAGGCACAUUGGGAAGAGGCAGCCUCACUGCCCCAGGAGCAGGAGGAGAUUCUGGCUGACAGCUUCUCUGCCUUCUCUGAGUAUGGGCUGAAGUUGCUCCGCCAGCUCAGAGAUUACUUCCCUGCCACCAACAGCACAGCCGUCUACCGUCUGGAGCUGCUGCUAAAGUGCCUGGACAAGCUGCAGUUCUUCCAGCCCUCCUUUGAGAUGUGUCCCUUUGAGACGGAGCUGAAUAUGGACAUUGCUGCUGCCCUGAAGAGAGGCAACCGUGAGUGGUACGACAGGCUUCUGAACACUAAGAGUCCCCGAGAGCAGCCAGGGCCCCAGCGCCUCACCGGGCUUGUGGAGCUAGCGGACAUCAUCUAUGAGGACCUACAAGCUUGCUAUGGCAUCUACGCCAGCCUCUUUCAUGGUAUCCUCAAGGUGGACUUCUUCACCCUUACCUUCUGGCAACUAGAGCAUCUGUUGGCUGAGGAGGCAUGGGUGCUAACUGAGGAACUGAGCCCCAAGAUGACUCUCCAGGUGGCCUCAGGGCUCAUUGAGCUGUAUCUGACCCUGGCUGAUACCCAACGCUUUUGGAGUUGCAUCCCUGGCCGGGAUGGCCGCUCCCUGGCCCUGGCUGGCAUCCAUACCCCAUUCCUGCCUGCUGUGAAGAUCUGGCUACAAGUGCUGAGAGAUCAAGUCAAAUGGCGCCUCCAGGGAGCAGUAGAUGUGGACACGCUGGAACCUGUGGAUACCUCCUCCAAGCACAGCAGCUCUGCAGCCACUGCCAGCCUCUGCUUCAGCCACAUCCAGGAGCUCUGGGUCCGCCUUGCAUGGCCUGACCCUGCCCAGGCUCAGGAGCUUGGGACUCAGCUCAGCCAGGACAUGUGUGAGGCAGCCCUCUUCUACUCGGAGCUGCUGCGGAAGAAAGUGGACACCCAGCCUGGGGCUGUUGGCGAGGCAGUGAGCGAGCCGCUUUGCGUGGUGCUCAACAACGUGGAGCUGGUGCGCAGGGCUUCAGGGCAGGCACUGCGGGGUCUGGCCUGGCCUGAGGGUGCUGGGGGAGUGGAGGCUAUGCUUCCCCGCACCCUGCUCAGCUGCACACAGGCCCUGGAAGAGGACCUGCAGCGGGAGGCCCACACUGUGACUGCACAUCUGACCUCCAAGAUGGUAGCUGACAUCAGGAAGUAUGUGCAGCAUAUCAGCCUCUCUCCUGACUCCAUUCAGAAUGAUGAGGCUGUAGCUCCACUCAUGAAGUACCUGGAUGAGAAGCUGGCCCUGCUGAAUGCCUCCUUGGUAAAGGAGAACCUGGGCAGGGUGCUAGAGGCCCUCUGGGAGCUGCUCCUCCGGGCUAUUUUGCGGGCGCUGGGUGCAAACAGUGACGUCUCUGCAGACUUCUACGGGCGCUUCCACUUCACACUGGAGGCUCUAGUUAGUUUUUUCCAUGCUGAGGGCCAGGGACUGCCCCUAGAGAGCCUCAAGGAUGGAAGCUACAAGAGGCUGGAGGAGGAGCUCCGGCUGCACAAAUGCUCCACACGUGAGUGCAUUGAGCAGUUUUACCUGGAUAAGCUCAAGCAGAGGGCCCUGGAGCAGAACCGGUUUGGUCGCCUGAGCAUCCGCUGCUAUUAUGAGGCAGCUGAGCAGAGGCUGACAGUGGAGGUGCUGCAUGCUGCAGACCUGCUCCCCCUGGACACCAAUGGCUUGAGUGACCCUUUUGUGAUUGUGGAGCUGGGCCCCCCACAUCUCUUCCCACUGGUCCGAAGCCAGAGGACCCAGGUCAAGUCCCGGACGCUGCACCCUGUAUAUGACGAGCUCUUCCACUUCAGCUCUGUGUCCGCCGAGGCAUGCCGCCGCCGUGGGGCCUGCGUGUUAUUCACUGUCAUGGACCAUGACUGGCUAUCCACCAAUGACUUUGCUGGGGAGGCAGCCCUCGGACUAAGUGGGGUCAGCGGCAUCUCAAGGCCCCAAGUAGGUGGGGGAAUGAGGGCAGGGCAGCCCAUCACCCUGCAUCUUCGCCGGCCCAGAGCCCAGGUGAGGUCAACACUGAGGAUGCUGGAGGGCCGCACCAACAAAGAAGCACAGGAAUUUGUCAAGAAGCUCAAGGAGCUGGAGAAGUCCAUGGAGGCGGAUCCCUGAGUGCGUGCAUGUGCACACACGCACACACAUAUACACACCCACCCUGCCAGCUGCCCAGUUUUGUGCUGCCUUUAUCUGCUCCUCUAUCUGAACCCUGUGGCACCAUUACCCUCGCUGUGUCCCUUUGGUGUGUGCUAUGGACCUCUUGCACCUCAGCAUGCCCCACCCCAAGUAGGGGGGGCAGCUUGGAAGGAGCUGGCCAACAGUGGCCCCUGGACACAGCAGGACAGAAUGGACCUAGUCAGGUGAUGCCCUUCCUUUGGGCUCACAGACAGUGGAACAAUGGGCAGAUGGUUUUAGUGGUCUCUUGUUCCCUAGGGGCCAUUAGGCAAUGUCUGGAGACUGUGGUCACACUGGAUGUGAAGGUGUACUAAUUCCAGAGGGUGGUGGCCAGAGCUGCAGCUCAGUGUCCUGCAUUGCUUCAGUCAGCCCCCAAAGAAUGGUCCAUCCCCACUAUGAGCAGUGCCUCCGUGGAAAGCCCCUCUUGGAGAAAACCAUGCAGUCUCCUUGGUUAGAAAAAGGCCCCCAGUAGUAGUCAAGAGGUAGGAAGAAGGCUGGGGGUCAGGUGUGGAGGACCCAAGAACUGGAGGGAAGCAAUGACCAGAGCCCCAGGUGGAGGGCAUGGACAAGAAAGUCCGCUGUGCUCACUAUCCUUCUCCUGGGUCUGGACCCCACCCAUAGUGGGCUGAACAGGGGAGGCUUGCUGAGGAUCACAGCUCCCAGCUAGGUUCCUGGGCCUGGGAGAGGUUCCCUGAGGGUCACAGGUGGGGGACGUCACCCACAGCUCUGCCAGCCAUCCAUCCUUUCACGCACAUGUGUAACCCCACAGCCCAACCCCCAACCCCCAGGCCAAGUGCACACACAGACUGGGGGCUCCUCAGUCCAUGGCUUCAUUGAGAGAGCAUCAAAGCAGGACCCUGACACAGUAAGCCUAUCCUUGUAUUGCAACAAGCCCCACUCCGUCCACAACUGCCAGAGCUACUACUGCCAGUCCACUCCUGUGUCUCAUUGCUGUCUCGAGUCCUUAUUACCCCACUUCAACAAUGUGUCUACACCCUUCAAA